AUGGAAAAUGGUGAUAAUCAUGUUGGUUUUGAUAAUUAUUAUGUGAAUAAUUAUCAAGAUCACCAUCCUUCUUUGUAUAAGCCAGCACCUCCACCAUUAACAGCCAUUGAUAGAUCUUUAUCAGGUCGAACUCGAGUCUAUCAUCAUCAGACCGCUCAAAACAAUAAUAUUAACAUCGACGACCGCGAACCUUUCGUCUCUUCUAGUGGGGUUCCCGGGUUUUCUAUCUUAGAUAGUAGUGGGAUUAACAAGGAAAGCCAAAUAUGUGUAGCACCACCAUGUUUACCAAGUUUUAUACUAGACGGAGAUGUGUUUGAUAAUAAUGACAAUAUUAUUGGGGAAUGUCUAACUUUGGAAGAACUAGAAAAAUACCAUAAUCGUGAUAGAAAACUACAUGAUUGUAACCAACCCGAAAAAAUGAGAAAUUUGGGGAAGAAAUCAAAAGGUGGUACUGCAUCUAAGGUUUUGAUUAAGGGACAAUGGACAGAUGAAGAAGAUAGGGAGUUAAUCGGGCUGGUGAACAAAUAUGGAGACCGAAAAUGGUCUUUGAUUGCGGGGAAGAUGGUAGGAAGAGCAGGGAAACAAUGCCGUGAAAGGUGGCGCAACCAUUUGCGUCCCGAUAUCAAGAAAGAUACAUGGAGUGAAGAAGAAGUGAGAAUGCUAAUUGAAGCUCAUCAAAAGGUAGGCAAUAAAUGGGCAGAAAUUGCGAAAUUAAUCCCUGGAAGAACAGAAAACUCCAUAAAGAAUCAAUGGAAUGCAACCAAAAGAAAGCAAAAUUCUAGGAGGAAGAAUUACAAGAAAAAAGAUGCCAAAAAUAAUAAGUCUCAAUCUACUCAUCUUUUAGAAGAUUACAUUAGUAGCAAAACUAAUGGGCAUCAAAAUCUUGAAUUAUCCCCAUCUUCCUCUUCUACCAUUCUCUAUUCAGAGUUAUUAGCUACUUCAAACAACAACGAUUCGGAUGAUCCAUCUCUAGAGAUCACUCAAUCGUACGACGACGAGUUGAAGUUUAUGCAAAGCUUCUUCCAGACCACCCCCAACACCACCACCUCUAAUGUUCUAGAGGCGCAAUCUCCAACUUUUCACAAUUCACAAUGCGGGUUUUCUUCGUUGACCUCAACUUUUCUUGGUGAGAUCAACUCAAAUUUGUACUUGAACUUUUACCCUGAAGAUAAUAUAACGAAAACCCAUUUGGCUCCUGAUGUAAACCACUUGGAAGAAGCCAUUGCACGGCCUAGCUCAAGUGACUAUGGCUACCAUGAACACGUUUCUUCAUCAAAUCCGGAGAAGAUAGGGAUUUGGUAG